UAAAUACAAAGUCCAACGAGGAACUGGGCAGAUUAUAAAGGCAGAAAGAAGAUGCAUUAUAAACAGAUGGGAUGAGCUGGGUCAGUUGUCAGUACGCCUAGUUUUGAUUUCUAACGCAUUAAAUAGAGAAGAGGAAGUGCGUUUUGAAGUCAGAAGUACAAAAUUUACUAAUGCCAUUCAUUUGGUGUGUUUAAGACAAGCUGUCUCUGCAUUGUUUAACACGUUUGCUAAAUUAAUCUGCUGUCAAAGACACCGAGUUAGCAACGAUGUUAAAGAUGAGCACCAGCCAGAGGAUGUUCCUCAGUGGGGUUGUGGAAGGGUUUUAUGGGCGCCCGUGGACUAUGGAGCAAAGGAAGGAGCUGUUUAGGAGGGAGCAAAAAUGGGGAUUGAACACAUACCUUUAUGCCCCAAAAGAUGACUACAAACACAGGAUGUACUGGAGAGAGCUGUAUACCUCAGAGGAGGCAGAGCAACUGAUCACACUCAUUUCUGCUGCGAAAGAACAUGACAUUGAGUUCAUCUACGCCAUUUCACCCGGGUUGGAUAUUACAUUCUCGAACCCGAAAGAGGUUGCAGCUCUUAAGAGAAAGCUAAGUCAGGUGUGUGAGUUCGGCUGCAGAUCCUUCGCCCUGCUUUUUGACGACAUUGAGCCAGAAAUGUGUGCUGCUGAUAAGGAGGCCUUUAGCUCCUUUGCUCAUGCACAGGUGUCCGUCACCAAUCAGGUGUAUCAGGACCUGCAGGAGCCCCAGACCUUUCUCUUCUGCCCAACAGAUUACUGCGCUGCAUUCUGUACCCCUAACGUGAGCCAGUCUUCAUAUUUACACACUGUCGGAGAGAAACUCCUCCCUGGGAUUGAUAUUCUCUGGACCGGUCCAAAAGUGGUGUCCAAGGACAUUUCUGUGGAGUCUAUUGAGGAAGUGUCCAGUGUUCUUAGAAGGCCACCAGUGAUUUGGGACAACAUCCAUGCGAAUGACUAUGACCCCCAGCGGUUGUUCAUGGGACCCUUCAAGAACCGUCCCACCGAACUCAUUCCCAAACUCCGAGGAGUACUCACCAAUCCGAACUGUGAAUUCGAGCCUAACUUUGUGGCUAUUCAUACACUAGCCACUUGGUGCAAAUCUAACACGGGACAGAAAGACGUUGCUAUGGAUGGUGAGGAUCAGGGGUCUGACUACAAUCCCAAGGAGGCUUUGCGGCUCGCUCUCACUGACUGGCUAGCUGAGUUUGGUGUGGCUGAUCAACCCGAUGUGUCCCGCGCUGGUAGUGGUCGUGCAAAGAAAGAGCCGUCUGACGAGGAGCCCAUGCAGACGGACGAGUACGUGCCGGGGCCCAGAGAGAACCCUCUGUACACAGCUGAGCCACUCACCCUGGAGGACCUAACGCUGCUUGCUGAGCUCUUCUACCUGCCCUAUGAAUACGGUCCCACUGCCCUCAACAUGCUGCAAGAGCUGCAGUGGCUAAGAGGAAACAGGGACGCUGCCACUUUUGGCCCCGUGGUGACCGAGAACAACAAGGCCAAAGAAUGGCGAGAGAGAGCCGAGCACUUUGAAGAAUCGUGUGAUUCGGUUGUCCAGAUGUUUAACAGGCUGUCAAACGCACCCAACAGAACUAUUCUGUAUGAUCUGUACAACUACAUCUGUGACAUAAAGAGUGGUGUGUCUUUAGCCAGAGCAUUCGUCAACAGUUUGGGUGGUCGUAAUCCUCCUCCCUCUCAAAUUAUAAAUGAUGACCCGGAGCCAUGGGGUUUCAGAGGUGGACUUUCUGGAGAGUUCCAGAGGAUGCUUCCAUGUCACGGGAACCGAGAUCUGUUUCGUACUCCUCCUGCCACUAGAGUGUACACGAUUCGACCAUGUACUCCCAAAGAUAUGUCAGAGCUUUUGAGAUUAUCCAAGGAGAUACAGAGUGAGACGCUACAGCAAGUUACAUUAAUUGGUGACAGGCUAGUGGACGGUCAGAUUGUUCCAUCUAAACACUGUGACCUGGUUCUGGAGGAUGAAGUCGGCAUCUGUGGUUUCGCUUUAGCCCUCACCGAUGCAAAGAUAGCCAUGACCACAUCCCAGUAUCCAGAAACGAUGUUGAGAGAUUUCCCCUCACUGAUGAUUAUUCAAAUCCACCCAAGAGUACCAGAUCCCAACACUGCCAAGCGCCUGAUUGGCAACAUGCUCUCUUUACUACAAGAAGCUGGCUCCACUGGUGUUUUUUGCGAGUUCAGAUCUAAUGACAGAAGAAUGUUGGACUUUCUCAGGACCCUGGGCCUGCUCCACUUGCUUACGGUGGAAGGACUACAACCAGGCCUGGUCAUCAUGGGAACAAAGCUGUGAAUAAUGAGCUGCGCUUUACAGAUAUUCAAGAUGUGAUUUAAGCCCACACAGAGCUUUUAUUGUUAAACAAUAAGAAAUGAGAAAAAUAAAAGUUUUACAUUGACAUUGCAAAUAUGUUCAUAAACUUUAUAUAUGGUCAUAUGAUGUUUAUUUUUAUCAUUACUUCUUUAUGUGAUCAAACUUUGAUUGCCCUUGGGGGGGAAAUGGGCAAUUUUUAAACCUCUACUGCACACACUAAGAUACUCUCAUGAGAAAAGGUCCUGUUGCGCUAUUGUUACGUGAUAAUUUUAUUUUCUGUGGUAGUGGUUAGCACGUUUGCCUCGUGCCUUUGAGGUUGGGGGGUUUGAAUCCCGCCUCUGCACUGUGUGCAUGGAGUUUGCAUAUUCUCGCCUGAGGGGUUUCUUCCAGGUACUCCUGUUUCCUCCCCCAAUCCGAAGACAUGCACUAUAGGCUGAUCGGCAUUUCCAAACUGUCUGUAGUGUUCGUGAUUGUGCCCUGAGAUGGGUUGGUAUCCCUCACCCUGAGCUCCGAGUUCCCUGGGAUAGGCGCCAGGCUCCCCCGCAACCCUGUGUAGGUUACCUGGGAUGGAAAAUGGAUGGAUUUUCGGUGGUAUUUUAGGAUAUGGGCACACCACGCAACAAUGAAAAAUGUCUAUUGAACAUUUGUCACUGUUGAAACAGCGGUAUUGGUUUUACAUUACUCCGAGCAAUCAGGGGAUUUGGAAUUAUUUUGAAAGAAUGCUUACAUUCUUUCAAACUAAAUCCAUCCCUCUCAUUGGAAUACAAGUUAUAUUUUAAUUAGAGGUAGGAAUUUACAGCUUUUUUGACCAUUCCACCAAGCACCUAUUCCUGUCUACUGUUCUGACUUAUCCUCCCUUCCUGCAUUAUGGUCUAACGUAUCCUCACUGUUUUCUAUAGGAAUAUCCAGUGCAAUCCUCUUCUUAUCCUGGCCCUAGAACAUUUCCAUGUUCUGAACAAAAGACAUGUACACCAGUAUUAUGAAAGCUGCAUUAAAUACAAGUUACAUAAAUAAAAUAAAUAUUACUUCAUUUUUCUGUGACCUUCACUUACCACGUUUGGUAAUGUGGAUCCUUUAUCGUCCUUUAUAGUUCCAUAUGGCAAUAUACAUACUUUUCUAAACAGAAAUACUACAAUUUUUUUUAAAAAUAAGAUUUAAAUGAAAAAAAUAUAUAUUUAAAAGCCACUGUAAAUAUUUAGUAAAUAUUUUUGAAGAGUUCAGAGAAUGAUUUAAAUGAUGUUCAAUGUGGAAAAGAGGAGGACAGUGGGAGAUUUCAGUGUGGCCACCUACUUCAAAAACACCAAUCAGUGAAUAUGUUUAAAAUGUAAAUCCUCUAAAAAGCCAGAUAAAUGCUGCAUGCAGAAAAGGGUGCUGUAAUUGGUCAGGGACAAAUUAGGGGGGGAAAUAACAUUCUUCUUUACUAACUCAAAUGUUUAAGCAUCUUAAUUUUAAUUUCUUGUCUAAGAUGAAGACAGUUAAAUAUUAAUGAUCACAUCCACAAGUCAGAAGAGCAACAUUCAGUGAGAUAUAUGCAUUUCAGCAGGAUUUUAAAACAUGAGAGUAAAACAGAAAUAAAACAAAACACUCAUUUGGACUGCGUCGUUAAAGUCACCCUAAACUUUAUAACGUACUGAUUUAUGAUUAAACUCUUUUAAGAGUGCGCUGUCCAGUUGAUUAUUACAUAUUACUAAUAAUGAUUAAUUAUUAUUAUUACCACCUCUACUACUGCAUGUAGGGGCAUUUCUAAUUUGCAUAUUAAGAGAUAUACAGUAUACACAGUAAUGUCAGAUGAGGGUAAAUGUGUUUGUUUCUGAUGGUAGUUUUUGUGAAACCAUUAAAAACAUGGGCUUUAAAAUAUGUUUUGGGUGACUCGCAAUUUACAAAUAUCUGCAUGAUCUACUAAAAUGUUAUAAAUAAAAAGUGACAUAAAUGAACAUGACUCGUUUGCAUCUUUAUCCUUCAAGUCCACUUAAUAAAAGACAAAUUUGUCUUUUGGGUCAUUCCGGUUUGGUUAGAGUUAGUCCGUGUUGUGCGUUUUAACCCAAAAAACCCUGAGUCUUCAGCAGCACUGUUUUUCACAGAGAUGCUAAGGAGAGACCUCAGCCAAGGUCCAAACUACACGGUAAGCGUGUAAACUCUGUGAGCUGUCUAUGUAGCUUACCAUGUAGCUGUGUCUGUGUUUUGUUUGACGUCAUUGAUCUUCCUUGUCAUGACACAACAGUUAUCCACUGUGUCCAGUGGUGGGUCUCCAUGG